AUGAACCGGCCGCUACAGCAAGCAAAGACACCCCGAAAAGGGCAUGACCUAGUUAAGACUUGCCCACUCUGUAGCUACCGUGCUCCUACUAUGAAGAGUUUAAGAGUUCAUUUCUUUAACAGGCAUGGCAUUGAUUUAGACAAUCCAGGUCCGGGGAACAAUUCAGUAUCACUUCUCGCUGCUGGUAUUGCUAAUGCAGCAUAUACAGAUGGUACAAUAGAUGCUAGUACAAUUAAUGCCUUAGGCUCCCUCGGUUCUGGACUCUCAGUGUCUGUAGCUGCUGCAUAUUCAGACAGUGGUGACAGUAAUGGAGAACGAUCUGUAGACAAUGCAACACCCCCAAUGCAUUAUUUGACACCCCAUGUAGAAAUAUCCAUGCCUGAUAAUAAUGAAACCUAUUCUCCUGGCCAGUCAAACCAUUUAGGGAAUUCAGAGUCACGAAUUAAUGGGGAAGGCCCUAGUUCACCACAAUCCGGCGACAGUGCUGUGGCUAGCAGUUCGUUAUCAGCUGGUCUUCCCACAAACAUUACACCAUCUAUUACUCUCAUACCAAUCAAACAGGAACCUCACACACAGGAAGAAGGAAGCACAGGAGAGAUACGAGAUAGUGAAGCAAAUGGUGUCUGCUACGAGAAGACCUACGAAGACGGAUUUCGGCUCGUGGACGUUCACGAGGAUCAAAUACUUCUCGAGCGUCCCCAUCUGAAGGGGGUG